AUGUGGAACCCGCCCAAAGCCAACGACCUCUUCAGGCCCCCGGCGCGGAAGACCGCUGCACCCGUAGCUCGACCCGUCUCGCAGCCCCCUCGCUUCGGAUUCCACCGGCGCCUCUGGCGCGGCCCAGAGGGCCCCAACUUCUCACUCAAAGGGUCCGUGGCGCCCGGCCACAUCGACGCGCAGCUCAUCGGCGAACUCGCGGAGGGGAAGAACAACAAAGUGCUGGCUUCGAUCAACGGCGCCAUUGGCCCGGGAGCAGCGCCUAUUGAGGUGCACUGGGAGCGGGGCUCGCUGCGGGCGCGGAUCGUUGUGUGGGACCUGGACGGGCACAUUAUGGUGACGCAUUCAGGCCCGCGGAUCGGGACGGCGACGAGGCGGGCGAUGGAGAUUCCGGAAAAGUAUCGAGCGAAGGCGGAAGAGAGCAAGGGUGAGAAAGGGAAGGCGAAACUGUGA